UCUAUCUAUCCAUCUACCAAUCUAUCUAUCUCUUUCACUCGCUCGCUCGCUCGCUCGUUCAUAUUGUUAGACGAGCAGACGACCGUUUUAACGCUCAGUGAUCUACGUGAUGCCGCCGUGAUCGUUCGGUGAUCCGAUCCUUUCGCGCAUUUCUUUCCGCGUAGACGUGCGCGAGAAUCACGUGCGUCAUCCAGAAGAACGGCCGGAAGAGAUCCCGAAAAACGAAGAGGAAAGGUGUGACUUUUCUCGAAACGACGACAAUUACAACGCUAGCACGACGAUAAAAGGGAUCACUCGGAGGCUCGUUUACAGAGAAGUGCGAUAUAAAUGCUCUAACGAAGCCCGACGUCGCGGGAUUUUCGGCUUGUAUGUCCGAAAAAGUCCGAUAUGAGUACAGAAGGAAGAACGUUCUCAGGGAGAUGACACCACGACGCCACGUAUUCGCGGGAAUUCGUCGAGCAAUUUUGGCUGCCGCGAUCGUGGGCUUGAUCAUUUUGGCCCUUUCCAAUCAGGACGGUACCACCAACGUGCAACAGGGAGCACUUUUGGACGACGAUGCCAACCUAACGCCAGAGGAGAGAAUGAUCGAACAGGCGAGGGCUGCGGAAACGGAAGCUCGUUUGAACGAACGAAGAAAAUUUUUAGCGGAAAAGUGUGCCGAGGAAGGAUUAGAUCGUCCUGGAAACGAUUCCCUUCAUAAGCCCAAUGCCUGGGAGUUCCUUGUAAAUAAAGAAUAUCAUCUGAUAUGGUGCAACGUAUUCAAGGCCGCAUCCACCUCGUGGAUGUAUAAUUUUAAUCUACUUGCAGGAUACAGUCCUCAAUUUUUGAAAGCCUCUAAAGCGGUGCCCGUUUCUCUGGCACGGCAGAAAUAUCCUAGACACACGGCCGAAGAAUUAAUGAAAUUUUUAAACGAUAGUAUCAGCUUUCUAAUCGUGAGACAUCCUUUCGAGAGAUUGUUGAGUGCCUAUAGAGACAAACUGGAGCAUAGUUUACCCCAUACGUUUCAUAGUAAUCUCGGUGCCCAUAUAGUUUGGCAUUAUAGAUUGAAGAAUUCGAAAAAGAAUUUUGGAGAAAAAGGAAAGCAUGAACCGAGAUAUCCAUUUUUCGAAGAAUUUGUAAGAUGGCUUUUGUGUCAGUGGAAAGCUGGAAACGAGUUAGAUAUGCACUGGACACCGAUAGUUAACUUUUGUACACCCUGCCAAGUACGAUUCGAUAUAAUUGCUAAAUUCGAAACGCUUCAAGAAGAUCAGGACUUCCUUAUAAAGCAGGCACACGUUGGACAUAUCAUUAAACCAGAGUGGAAAAAUCCAACGAGGGGUGUUCAAACGAAAGACGUCGUGAAAAAUUAUUUCGCUCAAUUGUCCAAGACACAGAUCAAUGAUCUCUAUGAGAUGUUUAGGUAUGAUUUUAUACUCUUCGAUUACUCUCCCGAGGAAUAUAUUCCACUUGGAAAAGACAACCCGAUUACGUUGAUAUGCAAAAACUGAAGUAGAAAUAUACGAACUAUAUGACACGUCGAUCGUAUUUCUUGUGAGAAUGCAGCAUUCCUUUUUUUAUAUAAAUAUAAAUUGUUAUUUGAAAAACAACGAAACAUUAGAUCAUGCUUUCAUAAAGUUGAAAACUGCUAUAUUAUCUGUAUAUAAUAGUCAUGAGAUUGAGAGUAACUUAUUACAUAGAAAUAAAAAGAAACAUAAUUUUAAAAAUGUACUUUAAAUGACAUUGCAUUAUCCUAAAUAUUUUCCUAAUGUAAUAAAUAUUCAAAUAUUCUAGAGAAUUUUUAUAAUGAAAAGUAAAUGUUGAUCCAUUACUUCCACUAGAAAUUAUUUUGUUAUUUAAUUAACGAGCGACUAAAAAACAUCUUUAAUGCUUGCAUCUAAUGCACAAGCUUGAAAACACAUAGAAAUAAUAAUAAAAAAAAAAAAGAAGAAGAAGAAGAA